AAGAACGCGAAAGAGAGCGCGGAGAGAGAAAGAGCGGCAGAAAAAUAAAAAUUUCCAGCAGCGUCGGUGGAUUUGGCUGUGUUCUCAACGCUGCGCCGCGGUUUCGACUUUUUGCCUGUUUUAUUCCACUCCGAUUUGUUAAAAGAAAAGCAAGCGUUCCAUGUCAGGCAUGCUGAAAAUGGCCAAUGUUGCAAAUCCAAAUGCGCUGCAGACAAUGAAGAAAACAAACGGCGACGAGGAGACCGAUGAGUCCGAUAUGGAAGAGGAGGAGGACGAGGAAGAGGAGGAGGAGGACGAUCUGCCGGACGAUGUGGUGCUCCAAAUCGACAGCGAGGACGAGGCGGAACUGGAAGCGCAGCGCAUCCGCUUGGUGAAAGAGGAAGCAGCGAAGACAACAAAAAAGGCAGAGAAAGAAGAAGAACAACCACAGCAAGCGCAGGUCAGUAACGGUAAAGCAGAGCAGCUGGAGGAAACUGGAAAGCCGAAGAACCAAAACAAACGUGGAAGGCCCAAGCGCAGGGCUUCCACCAGUUCGCAGGCUUCCAGUGCGUCCAUCGCCUCCCUCGUUUCCAGUGCUUCCCUGGUGGCCGCCCAAGUUCUGGCGGACGAAAAGUCGCGUCGCUUCAUCUACAGCUGUUCCAGCUGCACUCACCACUACGCCGACAGCCUGAUCCUCUCCAGACACUUCCAGCGGGAUCAUGCCGAGAAGCCGAAGAGGAAACGCGGUAAGGCCAAGGUUUCUCCCGAAGAAGCACCGGUCACUCCUCCCCUGAACCCUGACCUCCUGGAAGUGGGCCACCUCAAGCCCUGUGCCCAGUUGCUCGUCCAGGGGGAUUCCCUGCUGCAGCUGUGUCUCGCCUGCAACUCACAGUUCGUGGAUGAAGUACGCUUUCAGGAGCAUCUCACCCAGCAGCACGGGUACUUCAAGCUGCUCGUGCCCAAGGAGGAACCCACCGAUCUCCCGCCGCAGGCCAUGGUCACCAUUCCGGGGGCGCUGGCCUUGGGCAAAGCCAAUGUCCAGCUGCAGCUGCCCAUUCCGGCACCAGAAACUCCACCGCCUGAGCAGGAUGCCAAGGAAACGCCACCAAGUACCGUGUCCAACGACAAGGAGGAUCUGGCCAUGAUCAAUGCCAUGGUGGCGGAAAUCGCAGCUGAGCGGGUGAAGAAAACCAGCAGUCCCAAGGUCAGCAAGAUGAUCAUCAAGCUGCCCACGACCAACAAAAGGGGCAGAAAGCGAACAAAGCCAGAGAAAAUCCGGGUCGGAAAGGAUAAGUCGGAGAAGAGCAGGGAGCGGAAGCAGGAGAAGAAGACCAAAUUGGACAAAAAGGAGGAAGAGCAGUUGGAUUCGGUGGUUGAGCAGCAGCCGGAGAUCAUUUCUACAGAGCAGUCACAGCCGGAAAAUGUUGAGAAUGACCAACAAAAACCGGCGGAAUCAGAGACAGAUCAUCAGAUGGCUGAGCAAGCUGAAGUAGAUACCCAGGAACCAGAGAAGCCUGAGACAGAAGAGCACCAGUCGCUGGAGAAGUCUGAGAAUGGUGAGGUGUCACCGCAGGAAGAUCAGCAAUCGUUGACAAACGAUGUAAAGGAGCAGCAGGUGCUUAACGAUCAACAGUCGCCUGAGAAAGAUUUAAAAAAGGUAGAGGAGUCUGGUGAAGAGAAGCAGUCGGUGGUAGCGGCACAAAAGGACAAUAUACCGCUGGAAGAAGCUAAGAAUCAGCAGCAUAAAACUGAAGAACCGCUCGUCCCAACAAAGCGCAAGCGCGGCCGCAAAGAGCACAAGUCCCCCACACCAGUACCCAUUCCGGUGGAAGAAAAAGAAAUUAAGGAGGAGCCAGAGCUCCCAGAGAGGCGCAUGCGUAAGAGCCGCCAGCAAGUUGAAUAUGUGGUGGAAGUCAAAGAUGAAGAGGAGGAGGACGACGACGAUGAGGAGGAGGUAGAUGAUGACUCCUCAGCGACUGUUUCGCCCCACAACAGCUCAACGGAUGAGAGUUUCACCUCAAUCAAACGUGAGUCAUCCGAGGAGUCGCAGCGUAAUGGUGGAAUUCACACCUGUAACUUCUGCGGCAAAACCUUCAAGCGCUUCUCGAGAAUGCAGGAUCACCUGCGUCUUCAUACCGGAGAAAAACCAUACAUCUGCGGACAGUGUGGCAGGGCGUUCCGCCUGAAGAUGCGUCUGGUGGAGCACCAAUUGCGUCAUCGCACCGAGAAGGCGUACAAAUGCGAGAUCUGCUCAAUGCCACUGGCCACCAAGCAGGAUUUAUCGCUCCACAUGCGUCAUCACAAGAACGAUCGCCGCUACAAGUGCGACAAAUGCAACAAGGGAUUCGUUCGCAGCUCCGACUUGUCUAUCCACGUCCGGAUUCACACGGGCGAAAAGCCCUACAGCUGCGAUCUGUGCGGCAAGGCGUUCCGUGCUCGCCAAAAUCUGGUGGUCCAUCGGCGCACUCAUCUCGGCGAUAAGCCCAUUCAGUGUGAGUUGUGCGACAAGCGAUUCGCCCGGAAGAUCGACAUGCGGGUGCACAUGCGCAGGCAUACCGGGGAAAAGCCCUACAAUUGCGAUCAGUGCCAGCGCGGAUACUCCUCCCGCGUGAAUCUGUUGCGCCAUCAGGAGCGUGAGCAUGGCAACGAGGAGAAGGCCCCUGAAGUUGUCAAGGCUGAUAAAAAAGUUCGGAAAACGGCAAAGGAGCAAGAACAAGAACCCAAUGCCAAAGCAGCGCCACGACGUCCGCGACGCGAAAAGCUGCAACAGAAGAUUGCAGCCCAGGAGAAACUACUGCAUGACCUUAAGCGCAGCUUGAGUGCUCUUCCGGAAAUACCCGAGGAGUCAUCGCAGGUCAAACUCGAUGGAGGUGGCCAGGAACUACCAGCAGAUGCGGGAGCAGGGCGCGCCCAAGUUCAAGUCACGGUGUCCAUGCAAAUGGAACCGGCAAGCCAUCCCGAAGACGAUGAGGAGACCACACCGGAGAAGGAGAACGCUUUGUCCAGCUCGACGGCUGCCGAUGGCAAGACAAAGGCAAAUCGCAAGAUCACCAGCUACUUUACGGUUGUGGGUCAGCAGGCGGAAAUCUAAAGACUUAAGUUCAGGGUCAGCAACACUUCUUACUCAUUACUUUUAAGAUGCCACUGUACUUGGAAAUGAUGGAGACAUUUCCCUAGCGUAGCGUACACCUCGCAAUUUAACUUUUUUGGAUUUUAAAUGCAAUCUUGCAGCAGGGAUCAAGUAUUUUCGAUAUAUCCUAUUUAUAUAUUUACGAAUUAAUUUUGAGGUUCUACGGAGAAAUAUUUAAUGUUGUGAAGGACAUAUAACCAACAAGAACAAGAAAGACUACUUUUUAAAAGAAAAAAAAUGAUAUUCGAUAUGAAAAAAAUCAAGCAAGAGACUGCAAAGAGUUUUAUACCAUAAAUAUAUAUAUUUUUCUAUAGACAGAGCAACUUUUGUGAACAAAAUAAGUUAAACUAUGUAAAAAUACCAAUAAACUAGUAAGUAAGUUAGUUAGGGAAAUGUUUGCAAUCUUUAAGCUACUGAAAUAUCUUCAAACUCAAAUGCUGCAUCUCGGAUUUCUUUUAAACUGAAUUGAUGUUUAAAUCCACGUAUUUUUUAUGAAUAAUUUGUAAACCAACGCCCGGCCAAUUCAAUCUUAUCGAGCUUCAGUAUCAGCAAAAUAUGAUAUUUAUAAACAAAUGCGCACAACGAUUCGAAUUUGAUUUGCAAACAUUUCCUCUCCAUUCCCCCCGCAUUUAUAAACCGAACAAGCUGAAGAAUAUUUCACAAUUUCAUUUAAUUUCACAACACACAUGAAAUCAAUUGCAAGUCAUUUAGUAUGCAAUUUGUACGAAAUCUCCAACAUAUACUCAAAAUUCCAAAACAAAUGUAAUUUAAUGAAUAUUCUCUAAUUUAACUUUAUAAUGUGUAAGCACUCGAAUUGCUCUCGGGAAAAGUUUAUAUAUUUUUCCUUGGAAAUAAUUCUGCACUAUCUCAGCACUCUGCUUACUAUAUUUAUUUUAUAUACUUUACGCAUUUACUUUAACGUAUUUACUUAAUUUUUCGAAUCGUAAGCGUAGUGAAAAGACACUGCAAAAAGUCAGCAACGUUUAUUUCCUACAUACACUGAACGCAUUUUUUGUAAAUUGAAUUUGUGGCAGCUUCUCUCAUUCUGUAGCAUCUAAGAGAGUCCAAUGAAUAUACGUUACUUUAUAAUUUCA